GUUGGGAUUGUGAGUUUUAGAAACUUGAGUAAUAAUACAUGAUGGGAAGAGAAAUAUCAGUCACCGCCUCAAAGAAACCCUCUCUUCCACCUCCACCCCCUUGUCUGCUCGAGCUCGGCCACAGUCCAGAAUCAAGGACUUGGACCGAGCCUUAGAUCGAGACGCUCCCACUAGCUGCUUGCCGGAAUCUCCUCAUCCUGGCAUCUGAUCGCCGGUAUCUCAUCCCUAUUUUCCCGUGAAGUCGACCUCCUUCUCCGGCGGCGACCAAGGACAAAUGGGGAAAAAACUUAAGAAGAAAACAAACCGAAAUGCUCAAAAGGAGAAACACUUUCCAACCUCUUCUCGAAACAACAUUUCAGAAAAAAUUCCAACAAUGGUAGUUGAUGGAGGUACAAUUGAACAAGAAAAAAGACUAUGUCCACAUAUUGAAACAGGCAUAAAUCUGGACAAAGUUUCUUCAAAGAUAACAUCUCUCGAGUCUCCUAAUUGUGAUGAUUGUAGGGAAGGGGUACUUGAUAGAAGGGCAAGUAAACCAAGAGGCAAACAUAACAAGAAAAAGGGAAGUGGUUCAACAUCUGACUCCAAAUCCAUUUGGGUAUGUUUAGAAUGUGGACAAUUUACAUGUGGGGGUAUUGGGUUUCCUACAGUACCUCAUACACAUGCAACCAGACAUUCCAAACAAAAUCAUCACCCUUUAGCUAUCCAAUUUGCAAACCCUAAUCUUCGUUUCUGUUUCCCUUGUAAUACCCUUAUUCCUGUUCAAGUUUCAGAAGAAAAUGGAGAAGAAAAAGAUGCUUUUUCUAGUGUUGUGAAAGUACUAAAAACUCGCCCAUCAUCAGAAAAAAAAACACUAGAUGUUGAGGAUGUUUGGUUUGGAAAUGGAAGUGUAAUAACCGAGGUCAAAUCCGUAAAUACCGAAAUUAUUCCAGAAAACAGCGGUGGAUUCUAUAUGGUAAAGGGUUUGAAUAACUUAGGCAACACUUGUUUCUUUAACUCAAUAUUGCAAAAUCUUUUAGCAAUGGAUAAACUACGGGAUCACUUCAUGAAACUGGAGACACCUGUUGGGCCUCUUUCGGUUUCUAUAAAGAAACUUUUUGUCAAAACUGACCCUUCAACAAUUGACAAAAGCAUAAUCAACCCUCGGCCUCUUUUCAACUCGAUUUGCACCAUGGCCUCUCAAUUUAAAGGGUACCAACAACAAGAUAGUCAUGAGUUGCUUCGGUUUUUGUUGGAUGGAUUGUGUAAUGAGGAGUGUAGCAAGGAUAAAAAUGUCCAAAAAGAGCAUCCUACUUUUGUUGAUGCCCUUUUUGGGGGACAAAUUUGUAGCAGUGUUAGUUGUUUGGAAUGUGGGCAUACUUCAAAUGUAUAUGAACCUUAUUUAGACCUUUCAUUACCAUUACCUACAAAAAAAUCUACAUCUAAAAAGAUGCCUUUAGUUUCUAAGUCCAAGAAACCAAACACACCUCCAAAAAGACGUGAAAAAAUCGAAACAAAAGUUCAUAAAGCUUCUGAUCCUGCUACUCGAGAGGAUAUAAUGGAAAAAAUAUCUGGAAUUACAAUCACGGAAUCAGGGAUUCCGUUGGAUGACUGCAAUGGUAAUUCUAAUUCAUCUGAUAUCUCAUCAUGGUUGGAUUAUCUGGAGCCAACUAAGGCAUCAAGCGAUUCGUGGUUGGACUAUCUUGACCCUUGUUCAUCUAAUGAUCAUGAUAUGGUGUCCCGGAAUGGAAUCCAAGAUUCCGGAGAUGGUAACGAACAUAUUUGGGAAGACUUAGACGAGGCACCAAGAGUUCAGGAAUCGGAGAUUUUAUUGCUUCCUUAUAAAGAACUAACGUCAACUAGUAAUGGGAAUGAGAUUGCAGAAGAAGCAUCGGAUUUUGAUGGAUUUGGGGGUUUAUUUGAUGAACCUGAGGUUGAGGUUGUUUCUGGGCCGAGUGUUAAAAACAACAGCGAUUCUGAUUCCGAUGAGUUGGAUAAUAGUGAUUGCCAGGUGUCGGUGGAUAAAUGUUUAGCUUAUUUCACAACCACUGAGAUUCUUUCCAAAACUGAUCAUGCUUGGCAGUGUGAGCAGUGUACAAAAGCAUUGUUGGAACAGAGGACAAGGCUGAAGAACAAAACAAAUGGAAUCGGAAUUGGUAUUCCAUCUGACUCUGGCAUUGAACACUCUUUUCUGAAUGGAAACGGAAGCCCAAGUAUUCCUUCUGAUUCUGGGGUUGAAGACUCUGUUUCGAAUGGGGUUGGAAAUGGAAAUGGAAAUAGGAAUGGGAAUGGAGUACCAUCUGAGAUGGAAGAAAGGGGAAGUGAGGAAAAUGGUGGGAAUUCAGGAUUAUCAUCACAUCAUCAAAGUUCAGUUACAGAUUCUAAUGGACAUGAUUCCAAUGGGGUUGAAGAUGAGGUGGAUUCUAGUAGUGUGAAGGUGAUAAGGGAUGCAUCUAAGAGGAUUCUUAUUAGUAAGGUCCCACCAAUCUUGACCAUUCAUUUGAAGAGGUUAAGUCAAGAUGCUCGGGGGCGUUUAAGUAAAUUGAAUGGUCAUGUUGAUUUCAAAGAUACCAUUGAUCUUGAGCCAUACAUGGAUCCAAGUUGUUGUAAAGAGAAAGGGAGAGAGAGAUAUCAAUACGGGUUGAUAGGGGUGGUGGAGCAUUCAGGGUCAGCAAGGGGAGGUCAUUACGUGGCGUAUGUGAGAGGAGGUUUAAAAGAUGACUGGGUUUGGUAUCAUGCUAGUGAUGCUCAUGUCCGACAGGUUUCUUUGGAGGACGUUUUCGCAUGUGAGGCUUACAUCUUGUUCUAUGAAAAAAUGUAAAUAUUUUUUCAUUUUCUUGGGGAUCCAAUUCAGAAUAUCCCCAAAACAAAAAGAGACUUGACAAAAUUAAUUCAUAUAUAUAUAUA